AUGUUCUCUCCGACCAUGAGACGCACUUCGGCCUUGACAACCAUCGGAGUCCUCCUUGUCCUCCUUGUCCUCCUCGCCGUUCAUCUGCAGUCCCUCGGCGACUUUGCGCGCCCUCAGCUCGGCGUCGAGCCCUGGAAACCUGUCCUCAACCUGUCCCUGCCCGUGGCGGCUCAGACGUCGGCGGCCCAUCUCCUGGCGCGUCCCCCAACAGCAGAUUCGGGCAAAAUCCCCCGGAUAUUUCAUCAGAGCUGGAAGUCGUCGGAGCUGCCUUCAAAGUUUGAAACAUGGAGCACUCUCUGCCGCCAGCGCCACAAGGACUGGGAAUGGGUCCUCUGGACCGAUGAGGAUAACCUUCGACUCGUCCAGACCUACUUCCCCUCGCUCGAGGCAGCCUACCGAGACCUGCCCGGCGAAAUCUACCGCGCAGACCUCGCCAGAUACCUCUACAUGUACAUUUACGGCGGCGUCUAUGCGGACCUCGACACCGAAUGCCUCCGACCGACCGAAGAUCUUCAAGACGACUACGAUGCCUUCUUCGACGGCCAAGGCUCGACGCCCAUGACAGACACGGCCUUGUUCGGUCGGAUGGGCAAUGACCCCAAGUUUGAGCAUUCCAUCCCAAACGCAUGGAUGGCGUCGACCCCGGGCCAUCCCUUCUUCCUCGCAUUCGUCCAGUUCUUCAACGACAAGGUCAACGAAUUGAAACAGAAGAGGAAGAAGCUGCCCGAGGCAGAGCAUGUGACGGGGCCCGCCGCCCUGUACGCCGCAAUCAACCGAUACGAGAAAGAUAAGGCGCGCUCCGGAAGCCGCCUCAACGACGAGGUCGCCAAGAUGGUGCGCGAGGGGCCCUUUGCCCCCCUUCCCGACCGAGCGCACCGAGUGCUGCUGCUGCCGAGCCACUACAUCUACCCGUAUAGCUGGGGCUCGGACGGCUCCAAAGUGCGCAAAAAGUGCUGGGUGCUGAGCAAAGCGUUUAACGCUGAGACUUGUAAAGAGGCGCUUGAGGUGGAGCGCAAGAAGAGCAUAUCAAUCACGUACUGGAGCCAUACCCAUACCCCGUCCGGCCAUAACAAGGGCAACAUGAAGCACCUUGAGGCGGACUCCUGA